GCCCAGCGGCUACGGGAGUCACGUGAGUGUGGGCGGUGGAGGGAGAGGCUUCUCUGGUUCUCGGUCUCUAUGGUUGCCAGAGGUGGGCGGCUUUUGACCCUGGAGCUGCCAAAGCUCGAGCGUAGACGGGUGAGUCUAGGACUCUGAGACAGGAUGUUUCGUCUUAACUCACUUUCUGCCUUGGCGGAACUGGCUGUGAGCUCCAGAUGGUACCAUGGAGCAUCACAGCCCACCCAGACAAGGCGAAGACUAAUGAUGGUGGCUUUCCUGGGAGCAUCCGCAGUAACUGCAAGUACUGGUCUCUUGUGGAAAAGGGCCCAUGCAGAAUCUCCACCAUUUGUAAACAACUUAAAGAAUGACACUGAUGAUAAAGGGAAGAAUAAAGAUGAAGGGGAAGUUUAUAAUCAUGAAAAAAAGGCUGCUGAUAAUUGUCUUGAGCCUUAUCCAGAAGAAAAAAAGAAGAAACGAUCUGGAUUCAGAGACAGAAAAGUGAUGGAAUAUGAGAAUAGGAUCCGAGCCUACUCCACACCAGACAAAAUCUUCCGAUACUUUGCCACCUUGAAAGUAAUCAAUGAGCCUGGUGAAGUAGAAGUGUUUAUGACUCCACAAGAUUUUGUGCGAUCCAUAACACCCAAUGAAAAACAACCAGAACACUUGGGCCUGGAUCAGUAUAUAAUAAAACGCUUUGAUGGAAAGGAUAAAUUUCCCCAAGAGAAAAAGAAAACACAGCCCAGUGUCAUAAAAAAAAGUAAUCUAUCGCUUUUAGUAAGGUGGAAGAAAGAAUUUGAGAAAAAAAGAAGAGCCGGGAGUGGCUUUACAAAUCGUAAAAGGAAAGAAUUGAGAAGGAAAAUCAUGAAAUGGAUGGAAAAGAAAAUUUCCCAGGAACGAGAAAAAUUUGCUGAUGAAGGCAGUAUAUUUUACACCCUUGGAGAAUGUGGGCUCAUAUCCUUUUCAGAUUACAUUUUCCUUACAACUGUUCUUUCCACUCCUCAAAGAAAUUUUGAAAUUGCCUUCAAGAUGUUUGACUUAAAUGGAGAUGGAGAAGUAGACAUGGAGGAGUUUGAGCAGGUUCAGAGCAUCAUUCGCUCUCAAACCAGCAUGGGUAUGCGUCACAGAGAUCGUCCUACUACUGGUAACACCCUCAAGUCUGGGUUAUGUUCAGCCCUCACAACCUAUUUUUUUGGAGCUGAUCUCAAGGGGAAACUGACCAUCAAAAACUUCCUUGAAUUUCAGCGUAAACUUCAGCAUGAUGUUUUGAAGCUAGAGUUUGAACGCCAUGAUCCUGUAGAUGGGAGGAUUACUGAGAGGCAAUUUGGUGGCAUGCUGCUGGCCUACAGUGGGGUACAGUCCAAAAAGCUGACUGCUAUGCAGAAGCAGCUCAAGAAGCACUUCAAAGAAGGAAAGGGUCUGACGUUUCAAGAGGUGGAGAACUUCUUUACUUUCCUAAAGAAUAUUAAUGAUGUGGACACUGCAUUGAGCUUUUACCAUAUGGCUGGAGCAUCUCUUGAUAAAGUGACCAUGCAACAAGUGGCCAGGACAGUGGCUAAAGUGGAACUCUCAGACCAUGUGUGUGAUGUGGUGUUUGCACUCUUUGACUGUGAUGGUAAUGGUGAGCUGAGCAAUAAGGAAUUUGUUUCCAUCAUGAAGCAGCGAUUGAUGAGAGGCCUGGAGAAGCCCAAGGACAUGGGCUUCACCCGCCUUAUGCAGGCCAUGUGGAAAUGUGCACAGGAAACUGCCUGGGACUUUGCUUUGCCCAAGUAGUAACCCAGAACUACAAGAGGGGCCACCUUCUGCACCCAAGCAACCUAGGCCCCUAAAGCCAAGCCUCAACAUAGCCCUUUGUGCUGCUGCUUCUGGGAGUAGUGCUCCCUUCCUCCUGCAAGUGACCUCAGGAUGCGGCCAACUUCCUCUCCUCACCCUCCCCUGUCCCAGUGUUCCGCUAGGCUCUCUGAGUAUUCCCAGUGAUUAUUCCUGUCCAUUCUCAAAAACAUGAACAAGUCUUAAAAGCUCAGACCUUAGCUUCUCCAACAGCACCCAUCCAAGCACCUUACAGAUUAAGAAUGCAGGGAACCGUCUUGACACACCUGCCAGCCCUGGGAAGCAUCCAGCUCUUAAUCAUUUUUGCUGUGGGUUUAUAUUAACAAGAACAUUCCCAGUUCUUCCUCCUGUUGAUACUUUUAAGAUGCAAGUUAGGGGCUGGGCUCAUAGCUCAGUGGGAGACCACCUGCCUAGCAUGUGUGAGGCACUGAGUUCAUUUCUUAGCACCGCAUAAAGACAAAGAUCCAUCAACAACUAAAAAAAAUUGGGGGCAGGGGAGAUGCAAAUUAGGAAAAUCUAUGGGAGGCAAAAGGAAGUUUGUGAUGAAUACUUAUGAAGAUGACCUGGGCAUCCUGAGCUGGUGGAUAGCCUGGGCCAAAGGAAGGAUCUAUAUCAGACACUGUGUGACACUGAGGCCUGUCCAGGAAGUCCAUGUGCUCAGUGGCAGCACAGAAGGAUUCGGAAUUUAGAGUAAUUGCUUCAUGACACUCUCCACUCCUCCUUUUCCUCUCAGAUCCCUAAGAUGUGACUCUGUGCUUCAUCAACAGCAGUGAUUGAGUUCUGUUCCCUGCAGGUGCCAUCUCCUCUCCAGAAUGGGCCUCCAAAACCAGGGCCUGCUGCAGAGCCUGUCUGCCCUCUGUCUUUAACACUCAUAAAAUGUCACCUUAAUUAUAACAGUUUGCAAUGACCAUC